UUAUUGAUAUAUGUUAUAUCAUGGAUUUAUCACAUUAUGAACUUCUUGAAAUACCCGAAACAGCAACACAGGAAGAAAUAAAACAACAAUAUCAAAAAUUACUACUUCUUCAUCAUCCAGAUAAAUCUCAACAUUCUUUAAUAAAUAAUUCUGAAGAUACGAAGAAAGACGGAAAAAUAAAUCAGAUUAUUGAAGCAUGGAAAAUUUUAAAAGAUCCAGAAUUACGAAAAAUCUAUGAUAACAAACUAAAAG